GGCAAAGAUCACUCAUUGUCCCGUGUUUGUCUUCCACAGCCAACAACCAAACUGUUCAUUGAUGGGAAGUUUGUUGAGUCCAAAACUACUGAAUGGAUCGAUAUCCACAACCCAGCCACAAAUGAAGUGGUUGGUCGUGUACCAAAGGCCACAGCCAGUGAGAUGGAGGCAGCUGUGGCUUCAUGCAAAAAGGCUUUUUGGAACUGGUCAGAAACAUCUGUUCUGAGUCGUCAGCAAAUCUUGCUGCGUUACCAACAGCUCAUCAAAGACAAUCUGAAAGAAAUUUCAAAACUCAUCACCUUUGAGCAGGGGAAGACCCUGGCUGAUGCUGAGGGAGACGUGUUCCGAGGCCUCCAGGUGGUUGAACAUGCCUGCAGUGUGACAUCCCUCAUUCUGGGAGAGACCAUGCCCUCCAUCACUAAAGACAUGGACACUCACACCUACCGUCUGCCUCUGGGAGUGUGUGCUGGAAUUGCACCAUUCAAUUUCCCAGCCAUGAUUCCUCUUUGGAUGUUCCCCAUGGCUAUGGUUUGUGGAAACACCUUCUUGAUGAAACCAUCUGAGCGUGUUCCGGGAGCCCUCAUGUUUCUUGCCAAGCUAUUUCAAGAUGCUGGUGCCCCUGAUGGGACCCUGAAUAUCAUCCAUGGGCAGCAUGAAGCUGUGAAUUUCAUCUGUGACCAUCCGGAUAUCAGAGCAAUCAGCUUUGUGGGAUCUAAUCAGGCUGGCGAGUACAUCUAUGAGAGAGGAUCUCGGAAUGGCAAGAGGGUCCAGGCCAACAUGGGAGCCAAGAACCAUGGUGUGGUGAUGCCUGAUGCCAAUAAAGAGAACACCUUGAACCAGCUGGUUGGAGCUGCUUUUGGAGCAGCUGGCCAACGCUGCAUGGCCCUAUCUACAGCAAUCUUAGUGGGAGAAUCACAGAAAUGGCUGCCAGAGCUUGUGGAGAGAGCCAAAAACCUACGUGUGAAUGCAGGAGACCAGCCUGGUGCAGAUCUAGGGCCCCUGAUCAGUCCCCAAGCUAAGGAACGGGUUUGCCAUCUAAUCGAGACAGGAGUAAAAGAAGGUGCCAGCCUUCUUCUGGAUGGACGUAAUAUCAAAGUGAAGGGCUAUGAAAAUGGCAAUUUUGUUGGGCCAACGAUCCUUGCCAAUGUCAAGCCAAGCAUGACUUGCUACAAGGAGGAAAUCUUUGGGCCUGUCUUAGUGGUUAUGGAAGCAGACAAUUUAGAUGAUGCAAUUGAGAUGGUGAACAAUAAUCCCUAUGGAAAUGGAACUGCAAUAUUCACCACUAAUGGAGCCACAGCUCGGAAAUAUUCCCACUUAGUAGAGGUGGGGCAGGUGGGUGUAAAUGUUCCAAUCCCAGUACCUCUGCCCAUGUUUUCCUUCACCGGCUCUCGUGCUUCUUUCAGAGGAGACACCAAUUUCUAUGGCAAACAGGGAGUGCAGUUCUACACACAGCUGAAAACUAUUAUUUCUCAAUGGAAAGAGGAAGAUGCCACCGUUACCAAGCCUGCUGUGGUUAUGCCAACUAUGGGGAACUAAAUUAGCCUUUGCAGAUGCUGUCCAUGGUGCCCUUCUACUUCUGUCCUGCAAACACUUUCCCACCUUUGUCCUGACUAUCACCAUUUCCUUGGGAAUGAAUGGAAAGCUCCAUUUUUAAAAAAGGCCUCUAUUUCUGGUUAAAUCAGGCAGACUCAUGUAACACACAGUCUUGCUUUUUUGUUGUUGUCAGUAGUUUUCAGCUAGCUGAGCUCAAAUUUCUUCCAGUAAUCAGAGGAAACAAUCUUAUCCAAUUGCAAGUGCAGGCAGUGAGAUUGGCCUCAGUUUAUCUUUCUUUCCAGACCUCCUCAACUCAAACAUUUCUCUGACUGUUCUCCACUUCAAUAUCUUUAGCCUCAGUGACUUGCUACUGGCUACAUUUUGUGGCAGUUUUCUUUAGCUCUUUAUCUUACAUUUUGAGUUAGUUACUCACUCAAAAGAUGAACGCUCAUUUUGAGUGUCAUCUCUGCGACACUUUGAAUGUCCCAUAGAAUUGACUUCUACAUGCAAUGACGAUACCAAUUAUGGGAGUUUCUAAUGCUGAAGUUCAGAAAAUAUCACUUUAAUCUGUUUAGCAGUUUCCAAAACACUUGGAAACUGGCUUUUUAAGGGUUUUUCAGGAAAAAAUACUUGGUUGCUUAUGUGAGGAUGAAAGAGAUUUCUGGCGCUACAGCAAACUUCAUUCUGCCUCUAACAGCCUGGAAACUUCAGUUUCCGUUGUGCACAUCACUGGUAUUCUCCAGUUUGCUGUCAAUUCCAUUAUAUCUGGAAUGAGCUGUUGGGUGCCUAUUUCCUGUGCUAACAGAAGCGUGCCCACAGGUCCUGUAACAUAAUGACACUGUGGAAGCAGAAACACAACUGUGUGUAUGUUAUCUUCAUGUCACAGGGUCAUGCGAGUCUGGGUGGAAGGAAAAUUAAGACGUAGAAGGGUCAGUAGGAAGGAAGAAUACUUUUUUUUUUAUUAGAAAGCAGCCAGACCUGUUCUCUUGGUUAAUUUUCCUCAGUAUAGCUGUAGUGCUUGUGUUGAUUGUUUGACUCUGUCACAUUUGCUCAAAUACACAGUAACAUCCUCUAGGGACUGCAGGUCCCAUUAGUAGAGAAGGUUAAGUCUUAGUAGACCCUGUUCUUAAGAAUAUGUGCAUUUGGAGCUGGAGAGCCCAAAUUUUUAUUCCUGCUUCACCUAGAGAGUGAUGCAGCAAUGAGGGACCUGCAGGAAGCUCAUUCAAGCACCCAUGCAAAAUAAUAUUAUUCUAGUGAUUCUAAUCAUGACUCGUUCUAAUUAAACAACCUGAAUGUGAACACUUUGUAUCCUGCCUUCUGAUAAAGAUGCCUUUUGCUACUGACAGUUGUAUAUUCAUGCAGCUGCUGUGGAUCCACUAAUGUUUGUAUCCCAUUUUUUCUCUCUGUUGUACCCUAGAGGGAAAUUCUCACCUUUGCAAUCUGAUUAUGAAUUAAAAACUUGCUGAUACA